AUGGCGAUCCCCUACCGGAUCACCGGCGGCCACAGCAGGCGAAGCCCGCUGCCGCUGACCACCGCGAGGGCGCUCCUCGCCGCCGUCGUCACCGGGGCGGUCCUCUCCAUCAUCUGCGUCCUCUCGCUCACCGACUCGCUCUCCUACAUGGGGUUCCACCCCAGGAGCCUCCUCGACAAGAGGGACAGCAGCCGCAAGUACCUCUACUGGGGCGCCCGCGUCGACUGCCCCGGCAAGCACUGCGCCUCCUGCGCCGGCCUGGGACACCAGGAGUCCAGCCUCCGCUGCGCCCUCGAGGAAGCCCUCUUCCUCGACAGAAUAUUUGUCAUGCCGUCAAGGAUGUGCCUUAGUUCAGUGCACAAUACGAAAGGGGCACUUGAUUCAAGCAAUGCUACUUCAGACCAAAGAUGGGGAACCAGUUCUUCUGCAAUGGAAUCGUUAUAUGAUAUCGACCUCAUAUCGAAAAAUGUACCUGUCAUUUUGGACAAUCCCAAGUCAUGGUAUGGGAUAGUAUCGAGAAGCACGAAGCUAGGAGAGGGGGAUGUGGCGCAUGUGCAAGGGGUUAGCAGAGAUGAACUCAGAGACAAUCCGCUUUACUCAGAUGCUCUCCUUAUAAACCGUACCGCAAGCCCUCUUGCUUGGUUUAUGGAGUGUAAGGACCGGACCAGGCGUAGCUCUGUGAUGUUGCCGUACACUUUUCUGCCAACUAUGCCAGCAAGAAAACUGAGGGAUGCAGCAAAUGAGAUGAAAGAGAUACUAGGUGAUUAUGAUGCUAUUCAUGUAAGACGGGGUGACCUACUGAAGAAUAGGAAGGAUAGAUUUGGUGUUGAGAGGAGCCUCCAUCCUCAUCUGGACAGAGAUACCCGUCCUGAGUUCAUCAAGAAAAGGAUCGCAAGGUGGAUUCCUAAAGGUCGUACUGUUUUCAUUGCUUCAAAUGAAAGGACACCUGGCUUCUUCGCACCUCUAUCAGACAGGUACAAGUUAGCAUACGCAUCUAACUUCAGUAGCAUACUGAAGCCAAUAAUCGAGAACAACUACCAGCUAUUCAUGGUGGAAAGGUUAAUCAUGCAAGGAGCAAGGAUAUUUGUGAAGACAAUGAAAGAAUUUGAUAAUGAUCUUGCCCUCUGCGAUGAUCCCAAAAAGAACACCAAAGUCUGGGAAGAACCAGUUUACACAUAGCUGACCUCUAUGAAUCUGUCGCUGACAUCAAAGGCUGGAAAUCGAUGACCUACACGCUUACCAUAAUUGUCUCACAUAGUGUAGAUAUUCUCUGUUUGAUCCGAAGUUCCUUUGGACGUGUUGUUUGAUCUGACUUCCGGUUGACCUAGAGCGCACUGAGAGCAAGCAGCUGGACAAGAGGAAACUGGCAUAUAUGCAGUUGUGCACACUCUAGCUUGUACUGAGCUGCUUAUACACCUGCUAACGUGCACAUAUUAUGUUGUUUUGUUCAGGCAAGAUAUGUGCUCCAUUCUGUCGGCCUUUUUUCCUCUCUAUGCUUAGGACCAGAGGAGAGAUUAUGGCACAUCAUAUGCAACAUGCAUUUGGUUACGUAUAGU